AUGCCGCCGCCCCGCGGAUCGCUUUCUAAAAUCCUCCUUGAUCAUGAUGUGUUCUGUGCUGCGUUAACGCAUGCUAAUGCUUCUUAUGAAUCCGAGAUAAUGGGCCUGCUGAUCGGAAAGGUAUGUUUCGUAUCGUCGCUGAAAUCGUGUGUGAUUCCUACAUUUAUUCCCCCGUUUGCUGAUUCUCGAUUCUCUGCUGUCGAAGUGCAGAUAGUUGAAAACAAUGGAGACGUCGUGGCUCAUAUUCAGUUUGCACCGAGUCUUGUUCGAACAGAAAGACUGUCAGAUCGAGUGGAGAUAGAUCCCGACCGUUUAGUUGAAGGAUCAGCGUUGGCCGAACAGGAGUCUGAGAGCAGUAAAGAAGACGUUCGUGUUCUGGGAUGGUAUCAUUCACAUCCAAAGAUUACUGCGCUUCCGUCUAAAAUUGAUCUCAGGACACAACUGAACUUUCAGAUCAUGGAGAAAUAUUUUUGUGGCGUCGUGAUUGCCGUUUUCUCCAGUCGUGAUGUUGAUGUUCAACAAAGUACUGUGAUCCGAGGAUUCCAGACAAAAGAGGUUCACGACACUGUUGAAGAAAUUUACAUUCCUGUGGAAAUUGGACCAAAGCACAUUCGAGGUGGAAUUCCGUCUCUGAGUUCUGGAAUGUGUCCCCCAGUUUUCGUGACGAAGUCAUACAUGAAUGCUAUGUUACGAAUUGCAUCCACAUUCAAGGAAGAAGAGCGAUCAUUGUAUCAUUCAGCAAAUGGAAAAGAUGGCGAUGAGCUUGAUGAGUUUUCUCGUAUCAAUAAUUGCUUCGAUUGGUCAUCUGAUAAAUCGCGCUUCGACAAGCAUUCAACGAGUUCUCCUACGAGCAAUUCCUCACCCGUGAUUGCCUCUUCAUCGCAACCAUUGACUGAAGCUCAGCGUCUUCAUCGCCGACACAACUUUUUUGGGGAUUCUUCAACCUCGUCAAAGCGAAUUCCCCAAGCUUCCAAGAACAAAAAAUCCCCUCUUGUAACAGUUCGUAAUCCCGGAUCCAGGCGGCAAACGGAGUUUCGUUUGCUUGGACAAUCUGCUACCUCGCAUUCUUCUAGUCCGAAAAUGGCUGUAGGGGUUCCUAAGAAACCUGUGCUUUCAUGGAAGAAUAAAAACCUUGUGUCCGACGCAGCAGUUCAACGAUUAGCGGCGUAUAUCACCGACUCGAAAGCCAUGAAACAUUCUACCCUAGCGAACCCGGAAUCCGCUAGUACUGAUUCAACCAUUGUCCGUCCUGGUGAAAACACGCAUUUCUUGGUCCAACCUGGCGAUUAUUCAUCUCCGUCCCUCGAAAAAAUUCGUAAAUGUCUGGAAACCGACGAGGAAGAGCACGCACUCAUCAUGAACUCUUCGCAAGAUUCAGUGAUGGCGAAAGCAGUAAAAGAAUUCGAACGUCCUGAUAAUGUGACGCAGUUGCUUUCUUCUCAUAACAAUCAAGAAGAGACUUUUUCUGAUUGCGGGGAAACCAACGCAGAAACGAAAGAAACUUUGAAUAAUGAAUCAACGACGCGUGAACCGUGUGAGUUCGAGGAAGAUGCUGAAAUAGAUCAUUUCGAACGACAGAAUGACGAUCAUUCAGACUACGAAGACGACGUGGAGAGCAGAUCUCACAAACGUCGGAACUGGCGGAAGGAUCGAGGCGGCAUAUUGGAUUAUAUUCGUUCGAUCGGAUCUCCUCCAGCUCUCGUUGCUGACAAAAGCAAAGUAGAGAUGCCUCCUUGGGUUCCAGAAACUUUCGUGAAGGCAGCUGCGAGUCUUCCUCAGCCCAUCUCAGGGAACCCGCGGCCGGACUUCGAGGCAGCACGUGACAUGUACACGAAGCGGAUUUCGGUCGGGUUGCAAAACUUGUUGGCCCUGAAUCCCUUGUUGCCUCCGCGAUUGCAUCUUUUCGAGGGUUCUUUGCCGGGUGGUCUGCCGGUGAUUGGUUGCCGGAACCCGGGACCUGACGGACGAUCGGCGGAUUUCAUCGACUCUGACAUGGCAAGCAGCCACGGCACGGCGUUGAAGAUGACUCCGAGCCUGACUGAUUACCGACCCCCGGGUGUAAGUCCCAUGCUAAUGAAGCAAUCAUCGAUGAGGGAACAGUAAUCAAUUUAAUCACGUUCUGACUUUUGUGCGAGGAAAUCGUCUGUUUGAUGAAGUAGCAUUCUUGAAAGAAGUGCUGACUUUUCCCGCAUUACCUAAUAGAUGAUGAUGAUUUUUUUCAAAUGAAACACUUAAAUCGGGGUUUUUAAUCCGAUGACACUUUUUCAUGCACCUGCUGUGUACAGGGG